AGUGGCCGGCUUGUAUUCUCGUGGAGCCGCAGGAGCGACAUGGUGGUUCUCCAUUUUAAACUUAAAACAAGUUUACAGCUACAAUGUGCGACCGUCCCUUAGACCUCACAGCGGCAAUGGAAGUCACCAAAUCAAAAUACCCGCCGAUCAAUAAGAAAUAUGAAUACCUGGACCACACAGCAGAUGUGCAAAUUCACUCCUGGGGAGACUCUCUGGAGGAAGCUUUUGAGCAGUGUGCCAUGGGGAUGUUUGGUUAUAUGACAGACACAGAGACGGUGGAACCACUUGACACUGUUGACGUGGAGUCAGAAGGUGAAGAUAUGGAAUCUCUUCUCUUCCACUUCUUAGACGAUUGGUUAUACAAGUUUAGUGCAGAGCUUUUCUUUGUUCCCAGGGAGGUGAAAGUUCUGUCAAUCGACAGAAUGCGUUUCAGGAUUCGCUCCAUUGGAUGGGGUGAAGAAUUCUCUCUAGCCAAGCAUCCACAGGGAACUGAGGUGAAAGCUAUCACAUACUCUGCAAUGCAGAUCCACGAUAAAGAAAAACCAGAAAUAUUUGCCAUCAUUGAUAUCUGACGGCAGCUCACACCCUGGUUUAAUGGAAGUGGAAAAUCUACUAUUUACGUGGCCUUUUUCAUAUAAAGCACAGAUUAAUAACUAUGUAAAUCUGUUUAUAUUGUUUACUGGCUAGCCAAAGGAUUUCAUAAUUUAAAAGACUUUGAUAUUUCAUGAGACUCACCAUUCUGAUCAAAAUCAUUUCAUGUUUAGACCAUCAAUAAAUGACUGGCAUUGAUAUGCGGGAAGGUGGAUUUCAUAGGAACAACUUGAGUGUUUACUUUAAGUCAUCAUUGCAAAAAUCAUUGAUUGCGAAUUAUAUUAUGUUUUUUUUCACUCCAUUUUAACUUACUAUUAAUAUUGUUUUUGUAAUUUAUGAUGAAUUUGAAAUUGUUUUAAUGGCCUCAAAAUCUGAAAAUGAAUAAAUGGUUAUUAUUUUUUUA